GUCCCCGGCCGAUUAAGAUACGGUUGGAUAUAAAAUGCCCAAACCUUACCCUUUCCCCGCUCUAGGGUUUGCUAGUUUCUCUCUGCUUCGGCCUUUCAGAUUGUUUCUUUUGCUGUAAUUUGCGGGACAGUAGCGACAAUGAGGCCGGUUUUCGUCGGAAACUUCGAGUACGAAACUCGGCAAUCGGAGCUGGAACGCUUGUUCUCCAAACACGGGAGGGUCGAUCGUGUGGACAUGAAGUCUGGUUUUGCCUUUGUCUAUUUUGAGGAUGAGCGGGAUGCUGAAGAUGCUAUCCAGAACCUCGACAAUAAGCCAUUUGGUUAUGACAGGCGCAGGCUAUCUGUGGAGUGGGCUAAGGGUGAGCGUGGUCGCCAUCAUGAUGGUUCUAAAUCAGUGGCAAACCAGAGGCCAACUAAAACUUUGUUUGUCAUUAACUUUGAUCCCCUCCGAACCAAGGUUCGUGAUAUCGAAAGACACUUUGAACCUUAUGGGAAGGUGCUUCAUGUCAGAAUUCGUCGGAACUUUGCAUUUGUGCAAUUUGACACACAGGAAGAAGCUACCAAAGCUCUUGAGGCUACUCACGCAAGCAAGAUACUGGACAGGGUUGUGUCUGUUGAGUAUGCUUUGAGGGAUGACGGUGAGAGAGGUGAUCGAUAUCAUGAUAGUCCCAAAAGAGGCAGUUAUGGUAGGCGUGGAGAUAGUCCUUAUGGGAGGUCACUAAGUCCUGUGUAUCGCAGGCGUCCAAGUCCUGAUUAUGGUCGGCCCCGUAGUCCGGCAUAUGACAGGUACAACGGUCCAAUGUAUGACAGGCACAGGAGUCCUGAUUACGGAAGGAAUGAGAGUCCUGAAUAUGGCAGAUACCGCAGUCGCUCGCCUGUUCGAAGAUCAAGAACCUGAAGUCAUCUGAUGCAGUAGUGGGUUAAACAUCUUAGUGCUUGUGGUUUUUCUGUAGCUUUAGGUAAAUUUGUAGAGGAUGAACGUAUUAUGAUAGUGCUUAGGUUCCUUACAUUGUAUUGUUGACUAUGCGUUCCAAAGUUUGCUGUUAUCAAACUAGUGUUCUACCGUUGAAGUAAUCAAUGGAUGUGGCUAGAUUCGCUUGCUGGAAACGUAUUGGCUUCUUACGGCUGUA